CUUCCAAAUCUGUACAGUAUGAUGAAGUAUGGAAACGUCAGUCUAGUGUCAGACUUCAACCCUCGUGUUGCUGUUGUUCUUGAUCAGAUGCGAGACAUUUUCAAGCAAUUGGGGGACACCCCAGAGGUGGGUGGGAAGAGAAGGCUGACACGUUUGCACCUCCACACCCUUGCAUUCCAGGCCAUCAUGGUGAGGAAGGGGUCACCCUGGCUAAACUCUAUGGCUGCUGCAACGAAGGCUGCACUCACGGCAAAUCGACAUGUGUGUGGCAAUACUAAGAUCAACUUGCAAAAUGCCAAAAUCCUCAUGGAUGAUGGCUUCACUCUCUCGCAAGAAGCAGGAGCGGGGAGGGUCAUGUUUGACAACCAUCAUCCUGUGGCCUGUUGGACUGAAGAUGAUGGCAAUGUAGAGGUAAGGGAAAAGUAGAGAUGGUUAUUAGCAGUGUUGGUAUUGUGUUUUAAUUGAUGGGUGUCGGGGAGAAGGUUCCUGUUAUUUUGUUUUUUCCUUUUUUGUCUUUCUCAGUUGUUUCCACUUCCUGUCUGUUCCUCUUCCUGCUCUUCCUUUUCCUCUUCUUGCUCUUCCUUUUCCUCUUCUUGCUCAUUCUUUUCUUCAUCUUGUUAUGUCUUUUCCUCCACCUGCUAUUCAUUUUCCUUCAUCAGUUCUGCUUUUUCUUCCUUCUUUAUCUUUUUCUUCUAGCUUUCCCCUCUUUCUUGUUGUCUUCUUUUUCUCCCAUGAUUUCAGCUUUUUCCUCUUCCUCUUCUUUUUCCUAUUACUCUUCCUAUUUUACCUAUUCUUCCUUUUUUUACAUACUCUUCCUUUAUAACUAAGUCUUCCUCUUCCUCCUCCUCCUCC